AUGGAGGACGGUGGAACGGACCCCGAGAACAACAAUAGUAGCCACUGUGGAAUGUUAGGAAUCAGCAUGCCAUGCGAAGGAGCAGGACAUGACUUCAGCACCGUCCGGAAGGAGCUGGAGUACGCGAACGCGAUCGCGGCUCACUACGGCGCGCCGUCGGAGAAGAGCGAUCGCGUCAUUAGCUACAAGAUAGAGAAUAGACGUCGAAGCGAGAACUGUAGCCGGUCGAACAGUCCCUUCCUGAAUCCGGCCCCAACCGAGCUAGACGGGCGCCCAAGCAGCAGCAGCGGAGGCAAGCAGUCGUCGGCGGCACUUCACCAGCGGAACUCGCACGGGAAGAUGUCACCGCUUUCGAUGCCGACCGGGCCAAGUGCCACAUCGACGACGGCGGCUGCCGCGGCUGCAGCCGUCGCCGCGGCCCAAGUGCAUCUCAAUGGAACUAUGCAAGACAUGUUGAACCUGCAGAAGCUGCAGAGUUUAGCGCAGCUGACGGGAGCGAGUGUGUUGGCGCCGAGUCUGGGACUACCGACGUCACCGCUGCUCGGGAACUCGCCACUCAAUUUGAGCCUCUCGAGUCAGAGCCACAAUCCGCAGAUGCUCGGUUUAGGACCGGCAGCUCCACUGGUGGCCGCGACCCCUCAGAUGCCCCAGCUAUUGCUGGCAUCGGGUCAGAUAAUGCAAGGGAUACAGGGGGCCCAACUUCUUAUACCAACUUCUCAAGGAAUUGCAACCCAGACGAUCCUCACAAUCCCGGUAGGACAGCAGGUGAUAUCCAGCAUGAGCAGUGAAACCUUGCUGCAAUCGCUGAACUUCAACAACAACCUAAGUGACUCGCUGAGUUCUCAGGCCGCUCAAGCAGCUGCCGCAGCCGCAGCCGCAGCCGCCAGUGGGGGACUGUUUGCCACUCCUCGGGACGCCGCAGGAACUCCGGGACCUGGCCUACUCUCUACGCAACUGCUCGGAGCUGCCGGCGGUCCCGUGGGACAUGCGUUGCAACAAUCCCAGCAACAACAACACUCCCCCAAAGGGCUCCACUACGCCAACCACCAUCACCAUCACCACCAACACGCGGAUGGCAAGUUUAAGGCCGGCUCCGGAGCGUCCUCUACCACGUCCAGCGCUGGAUGUGCCGAUGUCCGGAUGCACGACCCUCACCGGCAGUCGCACCAACCUCCCAGCUCCAGUUCUGGUUCCCUUUCGCACAUUCCCGCUGCCGUCGCUGGCCGCCUAACGCCCGACGCGCACUCCCGAGUCAAGAUGGCCGCUGGUGAGUCCCCGAAGCGGAUCUCGUUGGCCACCUCGUCACCACCCGUCUCGGCGACGCUUAGCCGACCCGCCAGCUAUACCUCCUGCUCGUCGUCCUCGUACGAGAAGUCACUCCCAACUCUAAAGCGGACGCUCUCGCCACCGGCUACAAGCACCUGCACCUCGUCCGGCAUCGGCCUCACAAGCAAUGGGCACCUGCAGGUGAACGUCUCGGGCGCCCUCGGUGCCGCCAGCCCGCGAUCACCAUCAGAUAGUGCAAUCAAUCGACUCGGGUCAAGUUUUCCGAGCGGUGGAGGUGAACUGAUCGCGUCCAAGUCGAAACCAUCGCCGGCGGGCUCGUCCGGCUCGGGGAUCCAGCUGUCCAAGGAUCUGCACCACCACCAGCAGCAAUCGUCGGCCCUGCACCACCACCACCACCACCAUCAUCACCACCAUGCGCCUGCCUCGCCCCUGCACCACCACUCCUCGUCCGGCCCGUCCGGGUCAAGCUCGAGCGGCCGGCCAGCAUCCUGCGACCUGGAGCUGAUAGAGCACCAACACCAGCAUCGCGCCUCAGCCGACGAGUUGGAGCUCGAGAAGCCCUCGUCCGCCGGCGGCAGCGCGUCUCAGCUCCAGCAGCUUCAGAAGCGACCGCUCCAUUCGGCCACGUCCAGCAGUACGCCACCGCCGAAGCUGAGUCCGGCCGGUUCCGCCGUCGGCGGUCGUCUGUCCCAGCACAACAGCGACGACGAUGACGACGACGACGAUGGCGCCUCCAACCAGGAGUUUCUGGAAGAGCAUCCAAAUGAAUUAACAAUCAAUCAAACUAAUUGCAACGUGGUGGACGGUAUCGAUCUGGACGACAUCAAGGAGUUCGCGAAGGCGUUCAAGCUGCGGCGUCUCUCGCUCGGCCUCACGCAGACACAGGUCGGUCAGGCGCUCUCCGUCACCGAGGGGCCGGCGUACAGUCAAAGCGCCAUAUGCAGCGCCCUAGCCGCUCAGAUGUAUUGUGCAGCGCAACUUUCAUCGCAGCAGCAACAAAUGUUUGAAAAGUUAGACAUUACUCCCAAAAGUGCACAAAAAAUCAAACCAGUGCUCGAGCGCUGGAUGAAGGAGGCUGAGGAAAGUCAUUCAUCCAGGUACAAAUCGGGCCAAAACCACGUGCCAGACUUUAUCGGCGUCGAGCCGUCGAAGAAGCGAAAACGAAGGACCUCCUUCACGCCGCAAGCACUCGAGCUGCUCAACGGACACUUUGAGCGGAACACCCAUCCUUCCGGCACCGAAAUCACCGGCCUCGCACACCAGCUCGGGUACGAGCGGGAAGUGAUACGCAUCUGGUUCUGCAACAAGCGCCAGGCACUCAAGAACACCGUCCGGAUGAUGUCCAAGAGCUUCAAAAUGGAAAAUACUUAAAGAUGACGUCGACCGGAAGAGGCAAGAGGCAAACAAAUGUGUCAAAAGGAACGACGAAGAGAAUGAAGUGGGACGAGAAGCCUCCAAACGUUUGACGGAGCACUGCGGAGAGGAAAGAAACUUUAAUCGCGAACCGUAGCCAUAUAAAAUAAGGUGCCAUUCCGAUAUUGAAUAUUAUGUACACUUAUGUAGGACAUAGGAACGAUUUAGUAAGGUGUAAUACGAUAAAAAGAGCGACAUUUUCGCGCAGUUACGAGACGAUCCGAUUGAUUUUUAUUUUCUUUCGUGUCCUUUCCUGUUAAAUAUGAGAAAACCCAUUUGUGUUUCACUCUAGCAGCCAUCUUUAAGGGUGACAAAAAUAAAGUAAAACUGUUAUUACCAAACCUUGGUUUCUAUUUUUCUGCCUCUCACAACGUACAUUACAAACCUAAAAGAAGCUCUUAUUUUCUCGUUUUGAAAUCAUUCGUCAGAACACUUUGUUUUCUCUUCUUUGUGUGUAACGUCCUUCCUAGCACGAAAACAGUAUUUCCAAAACGAUUCGGUGUUAAAUGUUUCAUUCAUUCAAACGAUUGCUUCACAGCCUGUGUGAAAGUCGUGAAACCAAAGUUCCUAAUCUUUAUAAUAAGACACACACGCCAACUCUCACGAAACACUUUCCUCCGACGCACAGACACACACACAAAAUCACUCAAACAAUCGCCCAUGAUAUUGUGCAGCAAAACGGGAAGAGGAAUCGAUAAACCACACCCGAAUUGACCGAGAAACAAACAAAAAUUGAACUAAUGAAAAGUAAAAUUUUGCAAAAACUACAUACACAGCUAAUAAGACAGUUGAAGAGAAGGAUAAACAACAGUUGUAACAUAAAGUAAACUAAACCUGUGCAAAAGAUAUUUAUCCAUAGCCAUGAGUGUAAUAAUUGUGUAUAAAACAAAACAGUCCAAAUUAAUCAAGAAGAGAAAAUAGAAUGAACGAAAAUUACUAUGCGUGUCUUUUGUUUCUGUAGAGCAGGGGGAUUCUUAACUUUUGUGUUAUUUUCUGGUUAUUUUCUGGAUUGAAACAUUCAUAAUACUUAAAAUUCCUCAUGCGAAAUAAAUCUUGUAUACGAAUGGAGCAAACAAUACGACAAAAGAAAACACGAAAACAAAACAGAAUAUGAUUGAACACAUACGCACGUGCAAUAUAAAGGAAAUGACGCAAAAUUAUAGGACACAGAAAGGAGAGAAUAAAACUACCGAAAUCCAUAGGAACAUUGAGGUGAUAGUUGAAGACACGAAUAUUAGGACAAAAGAAAGAAUUGUCAAAUGUGAAAAAAUUACUCAAUCCCGUAUACGUGACGGAAAUAGGAAAAGGAGAAGCAUCAUUUGUCGCCAAGAUGUCAAUAAAGACAACGAGGAGAGGCAGUCACUGGAGUCGUCAUAUCAAGUCGGAGGCGUUAUAACUUAAGCUGUAUGAACCUGCACGAGAGCAGGAGUAAAAC